ACCCACAUCAACUUACCUCUCAACAUCUUCAUCUUCUCCCUCGACCCUCAAUCCCAACCGUCACCAUGAAGACCUUCGCCAUCCUCGCUGUUGCUGGCAUCGCUGCCGCCCAGAGCCUCAGUGAUCUCCCUCCCUGCGGUCAAACCUGCAUCAACAACAUGGUCGGCAUUGCUACCUCCCAGUUCGGUUGCGCUGUCGGCGACGUUAGCUGCUACUGCAACGAGGCCCGCUUCGGAUACGGCGUUCGCGACUGCUCCAACCAGGCUUGCCCCUCCGGCGAUGAUGCUAACCGUGUGAUCGCCUAUGGCCUCAACUACUGCGCUAACGUUGGCGCUUCCCAGUCCGGCGGUUCCGCUACCCAGGCUCCUGCUUCCACUGGCGCUCUCCCCAUCCUCUCCUCUGCCCUCGCGUCCGUGACCGACUCCGCUGGUAGUGUCAUCGCAUCUGCUACCGAUUCCGCUGGCAGUGCCAUUGCCUCAGCUACUGGCUCUGCUGGUAGCGCUUUGAGCUCUGUCACUGGCUCUGCCGGUAGCGCUUUGAGCUCGGCCACCGGCUCCAUCGCCAGCGACGCUUCUUCCGUUGCUUCCUCUCUUGCCAGCGGUGCCAGUUCUGCCGCCAGCUCUCUUCAGAGUGGCGCCUCCUCGGCUGCCUCCUCGGUCGCUUCCUCCCUCGGCAGCGCCCUCUCCUCCUUCCUCAGCGAGGUUUCCUCCGCUACCCAGAGCCUUGCUGAGUCCACUGGCACCGCCGCCUCCUCUUCGGUCCCUGGUGCCGCCCCCAUGAUGACUGGCAUGCCCGUUGCCGGUGUCGUCGGUGGUGUCGCUGCCUGGCUUCUCUUGUAGGCGCCAAGCCUACGACCCCAAAUCCAAAGGUCUCUCGGUCGAACGAUGUAAUGAUAUAAUGUAUUGUGGGGACGUGCCGAGCGAGUGAGCGAUCCGAGCAGGUGACCCUUUGGAACAAAAAAAUCUUUCACGGUCUUGGUUUCGUCAUGGGAAAACGGAUUGUAUAUGCUUUUAUCGGUGUAUAUCUUUCUUUUCUUCACGGCUGUUCCUCUUCCCAAUUUUCUCACUUCCACGCGGACGACCAGAUGGAAAUUAAUGUUUACGACAAUUCGGCAUGACUGUAACGAUGUGCCUAAUACCUCUCCUUCCUAGGUCGAUGCGUGUUUUACCCUUUUUCGGACGUGCAUGCGCGUGCUUCAUGGACAAGCAGCGUCUUGAUACCCCCUCUUUGCCGCGGGAUGAAUUACGAGUACCUCAAAUGGAACCUGGUAAAUACCCGGGUUAUCACCCAGUAGAUAGCAAUCAAACACGAAUCAAUUAAUCAAAACAUGAGUCC